AUGAAAGGACUCUCCACGUCGCCGGUGAGAAAAAACGACGGUUUCCACCGCUACUUGAAGCCAGGGGCUCUUGCUCAGAUUCGUAACUCUAGAAUCAACGCUAGAUCCAACUCUCCUUUGACUCGCUCUCUCCCAGACCGAGUCGACCCGCCUUCGCCUUCUUCCCAGAGCCCUGUCGCAGAGGCGCCGACGAUGGACCAGAUGCCUGAUCUCUUGAGCAAGAUCUAUGGUCCGUAUCGCAUCGGUCGGAAGAAACUGGGUCCUGCUAGAUCUGUCUUGCGGACGAUGAUGAACUUGAACCCUUCUCCAAACUCUGUACUUGAAUCCAAUAAUGGUAACAGCAACGUGUUGAGUAACGAUGUUGUACUUGCUCAUUGA